AUGGCGCUCCACGUUGAUCCAUUAAAGCGCGAACUCUUGGAAGCCAGAAUUCAGGGCACACGAAGUCCAAAUGUUGUGGCGCAAACGGGAAAGUCGCCCGAUGCCAAUUCUAACCAGCUCUCAGCGGAUGAUCGAUUUAAGUAUGGCACUUCGUAUGACUCUGUACAAAAUACCGGUGAUGUUGUCUCUAUGGAUGUACCUAUUCCCACUGUGACAUCAACUGUCUGCACCACGUCAUUGACAAAAAGUCAUGAUGGGCAUACCUACCGAACCCCUGUAGCCAAUGUUGUUAAUUCUACUUUUCCGAAUUCAUUCCAGGCGACACACGAUCCGGAACGUAUAAAUCCUCCUUUGGCCAAUCAAAAUGAGGAGCAUUGCACAAUAAAUCCUGAAAAUCCUGGUUCGAAUCCCUCCAGAGUUCUUGACUCUCUCCCUUCCUCUGGUCACCAAGUCGACAUGACUGUUCAACCUCCCAGUAAUCACGCAGAAGAAAACAGUCUCGGUGUUAGUAGUCUCAGUGGAGAUGGUCACUCCAAUAAAGGUGUCGUUGGCUUUCAAAGUUACCCCCAAAGUGUUGCUGGUCAUGCUCCGCCAAUAUGUGGUACCAGCCGUCAGGCUAACAUUGUUCCUUAUUCCACCAGUAGUGCACUUUCUAAUCAAUCUGUCUCUUUUGAUAUUGGAUGCCAAUCCAUUCCCUUGCUACCUCCGAACGAUUCCCCCGCUAUCAUUACCACAUCUCCUAAGAAGGGUAGAAAUCUCUCUGGCGCUCCCAUAGCAUCAUCGUUGCAAUUUAUGGGUCCUCAGCGCUGUAGCGGAUUGAGUUCGCCCAGCGCGCCUCAGAUUGUUCAGCCUACCACGCCCCGUAGCAGCAUACGUCGAAAACGAAAAGGCGGCAUUUUCGAUGAGCAGGGAGUUCCACAACCGAAGCGUUCCACCAACAGGGGUAGUAAACGUAUCGAUGAGAUCUUUAAGACUCCUCAAAUCGGUUUGCUUGCGCCAAGCAGUGAGGAUCCUCAACUUGAAAACAAUAUUAAAUCCGAUGCGGUUGUACCCACGCCUCGACAAAUGCUAUCUCCUGUCCGCGGAGGAAGCAACAGUUGUGUGACAAGUCCAAGUGAUAGCUCGAGCGAAGCUGUUCAGCAAAACGGUCCCGCCCCUGGCGGCUAUGUUAUCUGCUGCAGCACUUCUGUGCAGACUGAUCCGGACGCUGUCACCUCAUCUGCUCCCGCUAUGUUAACGUCUACAAUGCCGCUUCAACAGGCGUCUACCGUCUCAGGGUCAUCUAUCAAUCUUGUCGAGAGUUUGCAGCGGCGGAUUUCGGAGCUUGAGCUAGAAAAUUGCGCUCAAAAACAGACUAUCGCACUUGCCAAUGAGCAUAGCCUCAAAUCACGACAAAUCAUCCAGGAUCUCCUCAUUGAAAAGAGUCUGCUGGAGCGAAAGACCACUCGACAGAAGGUAAUGGAUGACCGACUGCGACUUGGCCAGUUCAUCACUCAACGACAGGGUGUUCACUUCGAAGAGAAGUGGGUUGAGGGAUAUCGAUUCAAGGAACUCGAUGCUCGUCGAAAAAACAUAGAAGGGAUUCGUGAAGAAAUAGAGAGAAAGCGGAAGCAGUGGAACAAACGUAAACCAGGAUCUGAGAACAAAAAGAAUAGCAAAGCGCGUUGGGAGGAAGUUUCGGUGGACGAGUUUUACGAGCAAAUAGAGAUAUAUGAUCUUCGGAAGCAAAUGUUAGCAAAAGAAGAUAAAGAGAUUCAAAGUGAACUUGAGCGUCUUGACAGGGAAAGGAACUUGCAUAUUCGCGAAAUCAAACGAAUAGCCAACGAGGAUGCAUCACGAUUUAAGGACCACCCCUUAUUGAAUGAGCGCUACUUACUGCUGAACCUUCUUGGCAAGGGCGGGUUUUCUGAGGUUCAUAAGGGUUUUGACCUGCAAGAGAACCGUUACGUUGCCUGCAAAAUACAUCAACUUAAUCCCGCUUGGCCUAAAGACAAAAAAGACAACUACAUAAAGCACGCCCUUCGAGAAAUCGAAAUACACAAGACGCUCAACCAUCAGCGAAUAGUCAAGGUGUUCGAUGUCUUUGAUAUUGACCACGACGCGUUCUGCACUAUUCAGGAGUACUGUGAAGGCAACGAUUUGGAUUUCUUCCUGAAACAAAACAAAGUGAUACCAGAGCGUGAGGCGAAGUCUAUAAUUUGUCAGGUCAUUUCGGCUCUCAAGUAUUUGAAUCAACGAAAACCCCCUGUCAUCCAUUAUGACUUGAAGCCAGGAAAUAUUCUACUGGGGUCUGGCGAAAUCUCUGGCGAGAUAAAGAUAACCGAUUUUGGUCUGAGCAAGCUAAUGACAGAGGAUUUGUACAACCCUGAUACGGGUAUGGACCUAACGUCACAAGGCGCCGGUACCUAUUGGUAUCUUCCUCCUGAGUGCUUUGAAACUGGUCAUGAACCUCCUAAAAUUUCCUCCAAAGUGGACAUCUGGUCUGUAGGCAUCAUCUUCUUUCAGUGCCUCUUUGGAAAAAAGCCUUUCGGACACAAUAUGUCGCAAGCGGACAUACUGCACCAGAACACCAUCCUUCAUGCUCGCUCUAUUGCUUUUCCUUCUACACCAAAAGUCAGUGAUGGGGCUAAGGAGUUCAUCCGAAAGUGCUGCACUUACCAAAAAGAACUCAGGCCAAACGUGUUUCAGCUAUACAACGAUGAUUAUCUCAAGCCCAAAGCUCAGCUCAAACACAGUGUGGAUGUUGGAUCCUUACCUGGUCCUACUGGUCUUCCCCCGUCAACUACUAAUUUAGUCCCCCAGACAUUGUCUGGUGGUCAACAGCAAGCGUCUGGUGCCAACCAGUCGCAAGCUGGGUCUAGCGGAACUAGUGCUGGCUACAUCCCGAACGCCGCUUUGGGAAUUUUCGGAACUGGUGGUCCCUCCUCUUUGGUACUCUCAACACCUCAACCACCGCCUCACCACUCUUGA